CGCCGCUUCCGGUCCUCAGCGCCUUAGCGAAUGAUUUCCCCUGCGACGGGGUCAGAGCCGGCUCGUCGCGACCCCAGGGACCCCACAAUCGCAUCGCGCCAGCCAGCGAGCCUAUCAUCUCUAGCUUCCCACUCACGCCCGGGACCAUGGCCACAGACUCGUGGGCCCUGGCGGUGGACGAGCAGGAAGCAGCGGCUGAGUCGUUGAGCAACUUGCAUCUUAAGGAAGAGAAAAUCAAACCAGAUGCCAAUGGUGCUGUUGUCAAGACCAAUGCUAAUGCAGAGAAGACAGAUGAAGAAGAAAAAGAGGACAGAGCUGCCCAGUCCUUACUCAACAAACUAAUCAGAAGCAACCUUGUUGAUAACACAAACCAGGUGGAAGUCCUGCAGCGGGAUCCAAAUUCUCCCCUUUACUCUGUGAAGUCUUUUGAAGAGCUCCGGCUGAAACCACAGCUUCUCCAGGGAGUCUAUGCCAUGGGCUUCAACCGUCCGUCCAAGAUACAAGAGAAUGCAUUGCCUUUGAUGCUUGCUGAACCCCCACAGAACUUGAUUGCCCAGUCUCAGUCGGGUACUGGUAAAACAGCUGCCUUUGUGUUGGCCAUGCUCAGCCAAGUAGAACCCACAAACAGACAUCCCCAGUGUUUGUGCCUCUCUCCGACAUACGAGCUUGCACUUCAAACGGGAAAAGUGAUUGAACAGAUGGGCAAAUUUUACCCUGAACUCAAGCUAGCUUAUGCUGUUCGAGGCAAUAAAUUGGAAAGAGGUCAGAAGAUCAGUGAGCAGAUUGUCAUUGGCACCCCUGGGACUGUCCUGGACUGGUGUUCCAAGCUCAAGUUCAUUGACCCCAAGAAGAUCAAGGUGUUUGUUCUAGAUGAGGCCGAUGUGAUGAUAGCUACUCAGGGCCACCAAGAUCAGAGCAUCCGCAUCCAAAGGAUGCUGCCCAGGAACUGUCAGAUGCUGCUUUUUUCUGCCACCUUUGAAGAUUCUGUGUGGAAGUUUGCCCAGAAAGUGGUCCCAGACCCAAAUAUUAUCAAAUUGAAGCGUGAGGAGGAGACAUUGGACACCAUCAAGCAGUAUUACGUCCUAUGCAAUAACAGAGAUGAGAAGUUCCAGGCCUUGUGCAACCUCUACGGGGCCAUCACCAUUGCUCAAGCCAUGAUCUUCUGCCAUACACGCAAGACAGCUAGUUGGCUGGCAGCAGAGCUCUCAAAAGAAGGCCACCAGGUGGCUCUGCUGAGUGGCGAAAUGAUGGUGGAGCAGAGAGCUGCAGUAAUUGAGCGCUUCAGAGAAGGCAAAGAGAAGGUUCUGGUGACCACCAAUGUGUGUGCCCGUGGUAUUGAUGUGGAACAAGUGUCUGUCGUCAUCAACUUUGACCUUCCCGUGGACAAGGAUGGGAACCCGGACAACGAGACCUACCUGCACCGGAUCGGGCGCACUGGCCGCUUUGGCAAGAGGGGCCUGGCCGUGAACAUGGUAGACAGCAAGCACAGCAUGAACAUCCUGAACAGGAUCCAGGAGCAUUUUAAUAAGAAGAUAGAAAGAUUGGACACAGAUGAUUUGGAUGAGAUUGAGAAAAUCGCCAACUGAGAAGCUCCACCCGGAAUGAUGCCAACCCUUGGGCUCGCCUGCUCGGGAGAUGAGUGCUUUCACGGCACAGGCCCACAGCCACCACAGAGAUGAAGGCGCGAUUAGAGAAAACUACCUACCUCAUUUUAAAUUACGUUUGGACUUGACAAAAAAUUGUGCAAAUGAUGGGGGAAGGUAGAAAAAAAUUGUUUACACAACUUUCCAAGAUUAGGCGUGAAUACACAGAAAUUUACCUUUUGGAAAUUCCGUCUUUUUUUUUUUUGCCAAUGUUUCCCCAUCAUUAUGCGAAUCUAGCUGCGGUGGCUAAUCACAGGCCCUAGGAUCCCUUGUGGCAGCCCGUGGCUGUUUUCUGGCUAGGAGUGUAUAGCCCAACCUCCAGCCCUUGUAGAAGUAACAGAAUAGGGGUGAAGAGGGGACAUGGAGAGCGAGGCCUCAAGUAGGACAGUGUAUAAGCCCAGCCAUGUGUUUGGAGUGUAGGGUGAGGCAGCAGAGGAGGCCUGUGAGCUACUGCUGUGGACUUGGAGUGAGACAGCUCAUCUGAAAUGUUGCCAGGCCCCUCUCUCCUGAUGCUCACAGCAAGAAGGGCUUUGAUAAACCUGGAUCAACAUGCCAACCUGGAACUUUUGUUGUAUGCAUGUGUGUGUUUCAGGACCACAACCUGCUGUCUUGUCAGCAGGUGUACUAUACAAACAGCACACGUGAGAUUAUUGGGUCCUUUGCUUGCACCUGAGCAAGUCUUAAGGAGAAGUCACCACGGAGCAUUAGUGAUGAUCCUAGCUUGCCACGAAACCUGGUCUCACAGGCACUUGCAGCAACUUUUUUACGUCCCUAACAUCACUGUUCUCUUACUAUCCCCAAGCAAAGAAAAGGUGAUCUGAGGUCUGGAUCCUCAGUGGAAAUUCUGGUCUCAAGUCUCUACUGGUCAGCCUCAAGGCAGCUGCCAAAGUGUUCAGCAGUAGUCACAAAUCCAUGCUGUCUCCAGAUCGCAGAAGGCUGUCUCCAGAUCUCAUUCAGAGCUGGGGAAUAAUUUUCAGAUGUCUGGCAUCUUAAUUAUGAAGGGAUUCUGAAUGUCUGUGGUCACAGUGCUUGGAAAACAAACGGGUACAAACUAAGGGACGAAGCGGACAACAGCCAUUCAUCUGUCAAGGCAAGAGUAAAUACCAAGGCCUGUGCUCCAUCCUUACUUAGCAUCUUUGUGCAGAAUAAAGCAAAUAAUAGUAAUUGACAUAUCCUCAUACCUCACCAAAGCUAUUGGUACCUACAGAGUGACAGCAUAGGCGAGAUGAAACAGAGUUGCAAGAGCAAUGUGAAAACCCCACCAGGAAGAGUCCUCUUCAGCUCUUUGACCUUGACACAGAAUGGCCACUUUAUCUAGGACCACACAGGGACUUUUUCUGUGCUGAGAACUAUUCUAGUCCUAGACCUUCCUUGUAAGCCUUUCAGUGUUUUAGGCCAGAUCUGUCUCCUGGAAGGGAAGGGGCCAAUGCCAGCUCCAGGUGGUUUUUUUAAUCCGACGUUACAGAUACUGCAGACAGACCCACAGACUACCAAUUCCACCACAUUCACCCAGUGGCUACUUGACUAGUAGAAUCUUCUCUAUUAGCCAGCUCUGACCCAUCUUGGGACUCAUAAGAAAUUUUAUGCUCCCCUGAAGUCCUGUGGACUAACCCUGACAUUACUGAAAACAAGGGCAAUAAAUAAAGAAGUAUAGACUCCUCACUAGGCUGCAGCUGACCAUACCCCAGCUUCUUCCCACAACAUGUAUAACCUGUCUUAUGUUGUAGCCGUAAACCUAAGAGGGAAAAUGGGAAAGGAUGUGCUUCAGACAGACUCUUUAUGAGUAGGAGUAAAUGGGUUAUGUGGUAGAAAUGUAGGUCAGCAGUUCUUAAUGUGGGAUCUUGGACCCCUAAGAAUUCAAUGGAUGGGUUUCAUGGACUCUAUGAAGUACAUCCAGUAUUUUGAGUUGAAAUACAUUUUCCUGAGGAGCGGCUUCCAAAGGAGUAUGUAUCAAAAAGGUGAGACCCGCUGUUGUGGAUGGCUCUGGAAUGUUGCCCUAGUGUCACUACAGUUCAUAUUUUUUCACCAUUCAUUCCUGCCAUUGCCUGUCUCUCAGGGCUCAGUGGUCCACAGGCCACCUCUGUGACCUUGUGCAGCCUAGAGACAUCACAUAAAAAUGUAUUGAGCCCUUGGGAAGCUCAGCUUCCCAGGGAAUUGUUCCUUUACUGGUUUUAGUAAGUUCCUAUGUAUGGAAUGAUAAACUGUAACCUAGAACAGAGAAACUGCCUUGGGAAAAAGAAAUUCUGGUUAAACAGAAACUUCUGGAUUGGUUCAUUAUCCAUAAACAAUGGAUUUUAUUGGUUUUUUGAGUGCCAUUCAUUGGUUGUAUGCUCAGAACUAAUCAGUAUUGGUUAUUCUUUAUUGAUGCUAAUUGAACUUAGUUAUGAAAUGUUCAUGUUUCUAAGGCAUCAUUAAUAAGGAAACAACAGCAUGUUUUUGGUUGCUGAUAAUAGUAGUCAUAAGUGAAGACUCAUGUGAUUCCAUAGGCUCGUUAACACCUGAUAAUUUUUUUCAGGGUUGACGUUGCUCCACCUUGAGCAACUGGAGCCCUGGUGGUGUAGUGGUUAAGAGCUGUGGCUGCUAACCAAAAGGUCGGCAGUUUGAAUCCACCAGCCACUCCUUGGAAACCCUAUGGGGCAAUUGUGCUCUGCCCUACAGGGUUGCUAUGAGUCAGAAUUGACUCAGUGGCAACAGGUUUGGAUUUUUUUUGGUUUAUUGUUCCAACUCAGGCAAUCAGAAUGUCUCCAUAGGCUCAGGGCUCUGUUCAAUUGCUAGAAGGCUCCUCACAUUCCUUUUUUUUUUUUAACCACUGGUAAACCAGAGGGUGUUGGCUGGCUAACAGGAAAAAGAAAGGUAGGUGCUAGUAAAUAUAAAAUAUUUACAUUCUGUUUUUCUAGUGCUAGGAAAGGAAUAUAAUUAAGACUUGGAAAUAGGUUUUCUCCUUUUGCUGCUUCCUUCUCUUGUUAUUUAACACAAAGGCUAUCCCAUACAAAGUUUCAUUGGGAUUCAGAGGGUAAAGGUUUAUGAGGUUAGAGAUAAUUUCAUGAGGGAGUGGAUUUUGCUUAUGACAGGUGUCUUAGUUAUCUACUGCUGCUAUAACAGAAAUACCACAAGUGGAGGGCUUUAACAGAUAAAUUUAUUUUCUCUGUUUAGGAGGCCAGAUGUCCAAAUUCAGGGCACUGACUCUAGGGGAAGGCUUUCUGUCUCUGUUAGUGCUGGAAUAAGGUCCUCUUUUGAGCUUCUGCUCCUGCGUGAUCUUCAUGUGGCUUGGCAUCUCUCUUAUCCCCCAUCUCUGCUUCCUGGCUUGCUUGUUUUAUUUCCUUUAUAUCUCACAAGAGAUUAACUCAAGACACUAAUCCUGCCUCAUUAAUAUAACUCAUUCCCUAAUGGUAUAACCACAGGCAUAGAGGUUAGGAUUUACAACACGUUUUGGGGGGGACAUAAUUCAAUCCAUAACAACAGGAAAGUGGGAUUCAAAGUGACAAGUAGAGGGCCCUAGGCAGGGGGAAAGGAAUAUUAAGCUCAAACCAAGUUCACCAGGAUAAAUGCAGGAGGUGUAGUGAGAAGAGCAGCCUAGACACAUUAGGUAAAAUAUGAGGAUUUGAUUGCUUGAAUG